CAAGUAUUAGAUAUGAUUGAAAUGUUGGAAAAGGCAAACAUUCCUAUUAUGUGACAUAAAUGUAAAUUUUGAAUUCUUUUUUUGCUAUGGAAACAGCGCGUUGGAAGUCUUUUUAUAAAAGACUACCAAAAGUACAACAAACUUUAUCCUUUUUUCAACGUCCGGCUACAAUUGCCUUUAGUGGAGGAUUUACCUUUGCUUUUUUCUAUGCAGUUGUCGUUCGCAACGAGUGGCAGACCCAUAUGAACCAGUUAAAAACUCAGUUGAAUAGAAGCAAGCAAAAGGUCCUUAGCUCUUUUCUAUUUCUUUUGAUAUAUUGCUUAACCUUUUUGAAGUGGCAAAAUGAACGUCUGUCGCUGGAUGCAAAAGUUUCUCGGCUAGAAUUGAGGUUGAAUCGUACCGAGUUGGAAUUGACCUGCAUUCUGGAAAGUGCUCCAAAGAACGGCAGUAACUGGUCAAAAUCAGUCAUUGAAUCGAAAUAUGAUGAGUGUAUGGCGAAUAAGAAGUAAAAAAAGAUCACUCGACAUUCUGUUGUGCAGGAAAUCUGUCUCCCCCUUUUUUGUGUGAAGACUUGAACAAAGAGAGGUAGAGAAUAAUAUGUGUAUAUGUAUCUAUAUUGGACUUGAAUAGUAUUCAAUCCCUGAGAAUAUUUCGUCUCGAUGAAACUAUUUAUUAGCUUUUAUUUUUCUGACAAUGUAUGUAUAUGAAAAUAAACAGAAAUGAUUCUUU